AUGCGUCUACUGCUGUUUCUGCUAUUGAUUGUUAUCACCAGCGCUUAUCCCUGCCUAGCGCAAAAUUUACGCUUGCCCGAUUUCGGUGAUCCUUCGCAACGUUAUCUCAGCGAUGGAAAAGAACGCCGCUUGGGAACCAGCAUCUUCAAACGCUUGCGCGAGCGCGAUUUGCUGCUUGAUGACGUACAACUGAAUGAAUACCUAAGUUCAGUCGGUCAACGCAUUGCCGCCAAUGCUGAUGGCGGUCAUCCGUAUUCGUUCUAUUGGCUUAAAGCGGGCAGCGUCAACGCUUUUGCGGUGCCAGGUGGCUUUAUUGGCGUCCACAGUGGUUUAGUCUUAGCAACCCGUGAUGAAGCUGAGCUUGCGGGGGUGGUGGCGCAUGAAAUCGCUCAUGUCUCCCAGCGCCAUAUCGCCCGUGCUUAUGCUGAUACGCAACAGUUCAAUGUCGCUACGGCGGCAGCGGUGUUAGCCUCAAUUGCCAUCGCUUCAGCCAAUUCCGAAGCUGGUCAAGCCGCUUUGGCUGGGACCUUGGCCGCAGGCGCUCAACGUCGUCUCAACAUGAGUCGUGCCAAUGAGCAAGAAGCGGAUCGGAUCGGUUAUCAGCUGCUCAGUCGUUCGAGCUAUGAUCCCGAUGGUAUGACGCGGUUUUUCGAUUUUCUCCAGCGUUCCUCUGGUGAUUCCAUCGCUCAUAUUCCUGAGUUUCUACUCACUCACCCAAGAGCAUCCAGUCGGGUCAGUGAUACGCAACUGCGGCGCGAUAGCACGAUCAGUCAACGGCCCGCACCCAGCAGUAUGGGCUAUCACUUAGCUAAAGCACGCGCUUUAGUGCUGACUUCGACCAAUGCAACAACGCUGAUACAACACUUCAAAAAUACCCUGGCCAAAGGGGCUUAUGCCAAUGAACAAGCCGAGCGCUAUGGCUAUGUUCUGGCGUUGAAACAAGCGGGGCGUUAUGCCGAAGCGCAAGGACAGAUUCAACGUCUGCUGCAAGCUGAUCCCGAUAAAUUAGCCUAUCGAAUCGAGCAAGCCGAGAUCGCACUCGCUGCCGGUGAUGCCAACACGGCGUGGCGCUUAUUUGCCAAUGCGGCUCAACUCUAUCCCGAUGAUUACACUCUCGCCGUUCACCACGGUCGAGCCUUAGCCACGCAAGGGAAUCCUAAGUUGGCGAUGCAAUUACUAGAGCCGUAUCUGCAACGGCGAGCGCGUGAUCUAGCCUUGUAUGAAGUCUAUGCUCAGGCCGCUCAACGCGCUGGUGAUCGUGCAGCUACUCAUGCCGCGUUAGCAGAGUUUUAUUAUCUGGGUGGUGACUUGAAAGGUGCUAUUGAGCAGGCUGAGCUAGGUCUGAAGCGGGGUCGAACCACGCCUUAUGAGCAGGCUCGUUUACAAGCGCGGUUGCGGCAGUUUCAGUCGGAAAAGAAAACGCAGGAAUAG